AUGGCUCAGUACGAUGUUAUCAUUUUCGGAGCGACUGGAUUUACCGGUUCUCUGAUCCUGAAGUACUUCCAGUCGAAGGGAGGGUACAGGUUGGCGGUCUGCGGACGAAAUCAGAGCAAGCUGGAGAAAGCGAUUGAAGGUUUCCAGUCCAAACCGGAUGUUUACGUGCUGGACGUGGUGAAUGCUACGCAAGAUGAGCUGAAGGAGGUUGUGAAAAAGGCCAAAUGUGUUUGUACGGCUGUGGGGCCUUUCGUUGAAUACGGAGAACCGCUUGUACAGGCAUGCGCAGAGCUCGGGGUGGACUACGUGGACACCAGCGGGGAGAGCACAUUCAUGAGAAAGAUGAUCGAGAAGUAUGACGCAGCUGCCAAGCAGAGUGGCUCUCGAAUUGUGAUUCACUGUGGACAAGAUUGUGUUCCUUGGGAUUUGGCCGUCUGGAAGCUCUGGAAGCUCCUGGGCUCUGAGCUCACAGGAGUCAAGAUCUUCGGCGAAAUGCGGAGUUGCCCGAGCGGUGGAACCAUGAGCACCGCCAUGCUUAACAUGCAGCAGAAACCAAGCAAAAGCUCACUAGGCUUCGAUCCGCUUUAUCUUGCGGACGGAGCGAAGUCCGAGUGCCUGACGCAGGUCGACCUUCCGAAAGGCAGCCAGUACUACGAGGAAAUGGGGCAGAAGGGCGGGCCUUGGGUCAUGGGGCCGGUGAUGGCAAAUGCCGUGCGCCGAACCAACGCGCUCCUUAAGAUGGUGCCAGACUUGAAGUAUCACGAGGCGGUACUGGAGAGCAGCCAGUUUGGCCUGUCGACCCUGACCACCCUCGCCUUGGGUGUAAGCGUGUAUCUUCCCUUCACUCAGCCCCUUUGGUACCGGCUGGGCGUGAUUCCAGAGCCCGGUGUGGGACCGAGCCAGGAGGAGAUGGAGCAAGGCUUCCUGACCCUCACCGUCUUUGCCGACACCAAGAGCAAGAGUCCCAAGUGCAAGGCCGUCAUGAAGUUCUACACGGAUCCCGGCUACAAGGACACCGCGCGGAUGUGCGCAGAGGCCGCCUUGGCCCUGACGGAUCUACCAAAGUCCUCAAGGCAAGGCGGUGUCUACUCACCAGCCGCGGCCUGCGGGGAAGGCCUCUUCCAGCGGCUCCUCGCAACGGGCACCACCUGGGAGGUCACAGACCUCUAA